GCCACAUAGUCCACGCUUCUUUGCAAGUCUUUCCGACCAUAGAAGCAAUUGACAACCAGCGACUGCCAUUCGCCCCUUACCAAUAUGCCCGUCAAACUACGCCCCGCUACCCCGGCAGACGGCCCGGCCCUCGCAUCCAUCUACCUCUCCGCCUUCCACGACAACCCGGUGGCCAUAACAUGCUUCCCUGCGACCACGCAAGUCCGCAACUUUCUCGCCAAAUCUUUUGCGGAAGAGAUAAGCGAACCUAGAUCUCAGUGGCUCGUCAUCACUGAUCCAGACUACGAGGACCCUGACCUUCCUAUCGCUUGCGCAAAGUGGGUUCGCCCAGCAGGGCCCAACGAGACAAACGUCGAGCCGCCGCCUCCGGCAGAUGUCUGGCCGCAAGAGGGCAACCCGGAGUUUGCGAACCACUUCUUUGGGUCCAUUGGCAGGAAGCACGCCGAGAUCAUGGGAGAAACCAGACACUGGUACCUUGAGCUUAUCAUUUGCCGGAAAGAGCACCAGGGAAAAGGCGCAGCUAGCCCACUCCUGAGAUGGGGCAUCGAAAGGGCAGACGAGGAAGGAAAGUUGGCGUUCUUGGAGGCUGUGCCUCUGGCAAAGGAAUCUACGAAAAGUAUGGGUUUCAAUCAUUAUACCGCCUAG